AUGGCGGUGUGCAUACCGCUGAGUGUGAAGAUGUCACCCUCAGCUCUGCUGGGCUUUAAAUGCUUUUCAACACAACAAUUCUCCUCCAGAAAGCUGCUAAAAUCCCUGACAGAGGUCUGCAGACGAGGUUACUCGGUGAAAGCCCAGCAGGAUGUGGAGGAGAGCGUCGUGAGCGCCGCCGGGUUCCGCAGCCCUCUGGACCACUACAACGGGCUGAUCAGAGACGGGACGCUGCGGGAGGACGAGCACCAGAAAGCCGUGCUGCAGACUCUGGACCAGCUCCACAAAACACUCAGAGGAUACAGCAACACACCCACAUCUUUCUUAUCCAAGUUUUUCACCAAACCGAAGGCUCCCAAAGGUUACUACAUCUACGGUGACGUUGGCACAGGAAAAACUAUGGUGAUGGACAUGUUUUAUUCAUACGUUGAGACUGAAAAGAAAAAGAGGGUUCAUUUCCACGGCUUCAUGUUGGACGUGCAUAAAAGGAUCCAUCGGCUGAAACAGAGCAUGCCGAAGAGGAAAGCAGGGAAAAUGGCCAAAUCCUACGACCCCAUUGCUCCAGUGGCGGAGGAGAUCAGUGAAGAGGCGUGUCUUCUGUGCUUUGAUGAGUUUCAAGUCACUGAUAUCGCUGAUGCCAUGAUCCUCAAGCAGCUCUUUGAGAAUCUGUUUAAGAACGGAGUCGUUGUUGUGGCCACUUCUAAUCGUCCUCCUGAAGACUUGUAUAAAAACGGACUGCAGAGAGUCAACUUUGUGCCGUUUAUUGCUGUGUUGCAGAAAUAUUGCCAAACUCUCCGCCUGGAUUCUGGGAUAGAUUACCGCAGAAGGAACAGACCUUCUGCUGGAAAACUCUACUUCCUCUCCAGUGAGCCUGACGUAGAAGCGACGCUCGACAAGAUGUUUGAUGAGCUGGCUUUCAAACAAAAUGACAUAACACGACCAAGAAUUCUGAACGUUCACAACAGGAAAGUCCGUCUGAACAAAGCAUGUGGGACCAUCACAGACUGCACGUUUGAGGAGCUCUGUGAUCGACCUUUAGGGGCCAGUGACUACCUGGAGAUGUCCAAGCUGUUUGACACCGUCUUCAUCCGACACAUUCCUCUGCUGACGCUCAACAAAAAAACUCAAGCCAGGCGGCUCAUAACGCUGGUGGACGCUCUCUACGACCACAAGGUGCGGGUGGUGAUUCUUGCAGACUAUCCACUUGAGGAUAUUUUUGUACACAAUGGAGAUCACGGUCACGACGAGAGCCACAUCCUGAUGGACGAUCUGGGGCUGAAGAGGGAUGAAGCCAGCAGUCUGUCCAUCUUCAGUGGAGAAGAGGAAAUGUUUGCCUUCCAGAGGACGGUGUCUCGACUCACAGAGAUGCAGACGGAAGAAUAUUGGCUGGAAGGUGACAGAAGCACUAAAUCACAGGUGUAACAUUUUGAAAACGUGGACCGUGUUACACAACCUCCAUAAACUGUUUCCUCCCUGCCAAAAGCAGCCCAGACUGAACACUACUCACCGCUGCAGCACAGACGCAGCGGACUGCUCGACAUUAUGCUGUACAGAGAAUAUUUAUUGAAAUCUUAAAAGGCCUUUUAUGACUUUAUUGUGACAUUGCACUUUACGGAUCAUUUUUAAGAUAAACUGUAGGGUGUUAUAUAUCGCUUUUAACUCCGCAUCAUAUAGUGGUCCAACUGUAUUUACUUUUAUAAAUCUGUGGGGAAGAGCUGGACGACUUUUGGAUUCCCAGAAGGACUUUUAUGAAGAUUUAAGGGACAUUUUAAUCUUUAAUCUCCUUUGAAAAUAUAAUGCAUCUCAAUGAUUUGUUUAUGAUUCUAAUGAAAGCGUAAUACAGUGGCAGCAGAUUGAUUUGGGGAUUUAAAGCUGUGUGUUUAUUUCUAAUGAUUUAUGUGGAUGGUGCUUGUGUGAAAUGUUCGUCUCAGAACGUUUCACAAAUGGACAAAAAAAAUCCCAUUUUAACUCCAUUUAUCAGUAUUUUCAUUUUGCCGGUAAGAAGAAAACAACAUGUUUUUUUAAAUUUCACAUCUUACUUCCAGGCCACUAUAUUGUCAUACAUCUGUCUUCAUAAAUGAAACAAACGGUUCAAGUGUGAGAGUUGCUGGAAUAUUUCUUUUUAUUAUUUCUUUUUUUCCAUUAUGACAUUCAGUAAUAUGCACCGUCUUACAAAAAAAGAAGCAGUGUAGGAAGUGAAAGUGAGAAAAUCAUCAGAGUUGAUCUCCUAUACAAAAAAAAAAGUGUUAUUAUGGCAGACAGACAAAUUGUUGGUAAUUAAUUUAGUGUCUGGUUAUUUCUUUUUUUAAAUAUUUAUAUAGACAUUGCAAUAUUUUGGUCAACAAAUCAAAUGUAUAUAUAAAAAUAUAUAUGUGU